CGUGGUUAUCCCAUCCCGUCCUCAAAUCGACCGUGACCACAGCAAACCAUCACGGUAUCUCAUAUUUAUCUCUAUUCGAUAGUGCCCCAUUUAUUACAAUGGCCCCCAAAGUAGACCCAGCCAUUCUCGAUGCACUUGGCCUUGAUCCCGCCAACACCAAGAUCGUCACCCAUGGGGGGUCAGGCUUCUCAUCCACGUUCAAGCUAUCGUCCAUCAAAGACGGGCAGGAGAUAAACUACUUUGUCAAAACGGGAACCGGCAAGGACGCCGAAGUCAUGUUUCGAGGAGAGCAUGCCUCCCUCAACGCCAUCCACUCCGUAGUCCCCAACUUCUGCCCGGCCUCACACGCCCAUGGGGCCAUGAGCUUAUCGCCGGGCAAGUUCUUCCUGGCGACCGACUUCCUCGACCUCGGCUCCUCCGCGCCGGGCGGCUCGGGCCAGUCCCUGGCCGCCAAGCUGGCCCGGCUGCACACCACGCCGGCGCCCCUCCCGAGCGGGGUCCCGGGGCGGUUCGGCUUCCCCGUGCCGACCUGCUGCGGCUCGACCGUGCAGGACAACUCGUGGCGGGAGUCGUGGGCCGACUUCUACGCCGACAACCGGCUACGGAGCGUCCUGCGCGCGGGCGCCCGGAGCAAUGGGCCCGACGCCGAGCUGGCGGACGCCGUCGAGAAGGUUGCCGGCAAGGUCGUGCCGAGGCUGCUGGGCGACGACAGGCUGGAGGGGGUGGUGCCCGUGGUUGUGCAUGGGGACCUGUGGAGCGGGAACCAUGGGCGGGGGAGGAUCGCCGGGAAGGGUGGCGCUGAGGAGGUGGUGUACGACCCGGCUUGCGUCUACGGCCACUCGGAGUACGAGCUGGGGAUCAUGCGCAUGUUUGGUGGCUUUGGGAGCAGCUUUUGGAAGGAGUACGAGAAGCUGGUUCCCAAGGCGGAGCCGAAGGACGAGUGGGAAGACAGAGUCGCCCUUUACGAGCUUUACCACCACCUGAACCACCACGCGCUAUUCGGAGGGGGCUAUCGAAGUGGCGCCAUGUCUAUCAUGAGGAAGCUGAUUUCAAAGUAUGCUUGACGCCCUGGUCUAUGUUUGGGGACGGCGAGCCAAGAGCUUUCGGGAAUCGUUGCUGGGAAAGCAGCCUGGCAGCGUACAGGAUAAGUCUUGGCAUAAGUAGAUCCCCAGCUAAUUACCCCUGAACGAAGUGUCUGGACGGAUCCAAAUCUUCUCUUUCUAUGAACAAUCAAGCAUAAAACUCCACCGACCGGGUCUUGGACAAAGCAAUGUGACAGAAACCUUAAAACCAGCUCCACAUCAGAUGUAGUAUCUUACUUC